AUGAUGGCAAUCAGUGAACUUGUUCUGGCUCUAAUAGGCAGUAAAAGCGUCUACCUGAUUUAUUCGGUCGUGAACUCUGUGACACAAAGUGUUACAGGAAUUCUUUUCAUUAUUACUAUUUCAUUGUGUUAUGGUUACAUUUACUCAGAGACACGAAGACAACUUAAACGCCUCAAAACCGAACAACUGCCCCAAGAGCAAGUCCAAAGAAUCAAGAAAGACAGAAGGGCAGCUAUCACUCUAGCAAUCGUUCUAUUUUCUUUAGUAAUAACUUAUUUACCAGCAAUAAUAGUUUCCUUAGUGACUGCCUCUUCAGAUAGCAUUUUAGUAGAGCCGCGUUUUAUAGCAUUACUUUUAGCUGGGUGGGAAUUCCAAUGA